AUGUUCGCGAGUCGCUCCAACGCUAUUCGCCUAGAACCCAUGUGCAGCAUUUGUGGCGAGGCCGUGGCGUUACGAGAUCAUUUCUACUGUAUGAGAUGUCUUCCGAUGGUAAUCGAAUUGGCCGAUGUUGUCAUUAGCGAUGCCAUCACUCGGAAGGGAGGACAACGGCUUUGCAGCAGUUGUCGUGUUGAUCUGAAAGUGGGUCUCAUGUCAAAACUCCUUGACAACUUCAUUCAACCGUUUCGUCCUAACUGUGAAGUAGCGGAAAACGGCCAUGACACUUCGUCCACCAGGGUGUCGAUGACUUCUAUUAGGUGUGAUAUGCAGAUUUUGGUGAGAGAGGGCGACAUUGACGAAGAAAUCGAAGAAAUGAUUGGAAGGUGUAGACACACGGCUAUGGUCGGAGAAGAACGUGACAAUGAGACUGGAGAAAAUGCUUCUGAAAAGGAUGGAGAGCAAGGAGAAGAAGAGAUGAUAGAAAAUGUUGCCUCUGAGGAUGGCGAGGAAGACGAAGAAGUUGGAGAAAAUGUUCUCGCCAAAGACGGAGAUGGGGACGGAGAAGAGACCGCAUGUGAAGCUCCCGAGAAGGAUGGAAAAGAAAGCGGAAAAGCGCUCGCAGAAAAUGUUUCCACUAUGGAAUUCGAAGAAAACGAAGAAGUUACCUCAGGGAAUGUUUUCGCUAUGGAUUUGGAGGAAGACGGGGAAGGGGACGGAGACGAGGUUCUCGCCAAGGGUGUUGCUGAUAAGAAUGGAGAAGCCAGGGCCGCCAAGGAUGGAGAAGAAUGUGAAAAAGUGGCUACAGAUAACGUUUCCGCUAUGGAUGGAGAAGAAAACGGAGAGCAGGAUGAAGAGGAGGUUUUCGCCAAAGAUGAAGAAGAAGUAGUAACAGAGGUUGUGGAAGACGUGUUCGCCAUUUCAGCAGAAGAAGUACGUGGGAAAGCCCCCACAGAGAGUGCUUUUGCUAAGGAUGGUGGAGAAGGCGAGGGAGAGAUCACCGACUAUGCUCCUAUCGAGGAUGGAAAAGGUGAAAAAGGGAUGGGUGAUUAUGUAUUCGUUGAGCAUGAAAAAGAAGACGAGGAAGUAACCGGAGAGCUUCUUCUCGAUAAGAAUGAAGAGAACGAUGAAAAUAUGACGGCAGAUCAUGUCGUUGGGCACUUGGAUAUGAAUCCGAAUGCUAAUGAGAACGACGGGAUAUAUGAUGAGUGA